GUCUUUUUAUUUUUACUAUCAGAGCCCUGGAGUUUUCUAGGUUACCUAGUACUGUACCUACAAUACCAUGCACAUACCCUAGGUAGUUACAAUACAGAACAUUAUGUAAUAACCUAGUACGGUUCCAGGUUAAGUCGACUUCCUUUUCCCACCCGUAUCGUCCGUGUCGCAUGUUUCCCAUUAGCAUCAACCAAAUUGUCUCAAUUCAUCAUUCUUGCCCAUCGCCCCAUCUCUCAUCUCUCCCUGUCAUCUCUUCCUAUUCUUCCAUACUCUCCUUAAAAAUAACGAAAAUCACAAAAGACUAGAAAAUUUAUUUCUGUCCUAAUUUUUGAUUCCUUUCCCUACUUUUUUUUAUAUCCUUGACGAAAUUACUCUGCGACGAUAAAGCACAUUUCUCCUUCCAUCAACCCGGAAUCCGCCACUAGCGUUAACUCCUUUUCUUGCUUCAUAUCUAUUUUGCUCUCACUCUCCCUCCCACGAUGUCCGGACGUUACGAGCGGGUUAAUACCCACGAUGACGAUCCUGAUACUACCCCUACUUCUACGUUGCGACAACCGCGCUCGAUACCCAACUCGCCUCCGCCUUCAUUCCAUUCAAGAGCCUCCUCAUUUGAGCGAAGGAGACAUGGCGUCGAUCCUACGUUAGCCGAUGCAUUUGAUGCCGAAGAUGAUAACAGCGAUGACGAACCCGAUGAUAGACAGCGACUAGUACGGGGUAAUUCGUUCCCAGUUCAACCUCCUCCAAUAAGCCAGGCUUCCAGCGGAGGUAGUGACAGGUCAUCGAUUCCCGGGGGACACGCGGCACAGUUGUCUUCUAUUGGCGCUACUCCUCAACCUAAUUCUCGAGUAUAUGGUGGUGGAAUUCAAUCAGAUGGUGUAUUCUCUAACAUGACCGCUCGGCCGGAAAGGGGAGAGAAGAUCGUAGAAGAGGCACCUCCCACGUACGAGCAAGCUGCAGCAGAUGCUGCGCCACCCUACUGGGAAACUACGAUACUCGCCCCUGGCCUCGGUGGUCCCGAUGAUGUCUAUAUUGAUGGUAUGCCUGUUGGUUCGGUAUUUAGUUUUAUUUGGAAUGGGAUGAUCAGUAUGUCGUUCCAGUUGGUAGGCUUUCUCCUUACGUAUCUACUACACUCGACGCACGCAGCCAAGAAUGGCUCCCGCGCUGGGCUUGGCAUUACUCUUAUUCAGUAUGGGUUCUACAUGAAAGGAACCGCUUCCAACUCGGGCGGGAUGGGGGCCCCUACCGAUGGAUACGCAGAACCUCCGGACCCCAACAGCCACGACUUCGACCCCAAUAGUGUUGGAUCGGGUGACGGCGAGGGUGGCUCGGGGUUCAGCGAUAUUGCAAGCAGCGAAUGGGUAGCGUACCUACUUAUGAUUGUGGGCUGGUUCAUCUUGAUUCGGGCAGUUAGCGACUACUUCAAGGCCAGGAGACACGAACAGCUUGUCCUCCAGAGCCCGGACCGAGGCUUGGGUGUACCAAUUAUUGCCGAAGGCGAGAGAGUCGAAACGGUGGUGUAGUGUUAUGGUUAUGCCUAAAGUCAUGUCAUUCCGGCUCGAGUGUCCAUUUUUGGAUUUAAACAAUCGAAAGGGUCUGUUAAAAAACGAUUCUUACGGGACGUGUAAGGGAUGUGUGAUAGUAAGCAUACGGAAGGUUCUUUUCAACUAACGGCGUUCGAGGUUUGGGAGUUGGUUCUUUGUUUGAACCACGUUUAUUCUUAAGAGUAUUGUAACCAUCGUGAGCGAAGCAUUUCAGCUGCGUGGGGAUACAAUAUAGUGAUAUUGUUGUAUGCUCUUUCUUAGAGUUUCCUACGAUGUCUACAUAACAUACAUAACGAUAAGAAAGAUCGUAUAAGUUAAACGAGGUGCCUAGUGUGUACCUGAGAUUUACAUCUGAA